AUGAGCUAUCCCGAGAAGUUUCAAGGGUUCUGUGUUUCAGGCCCGAAAAGCUGGAAUCAGUUCAAGAAAGAAACACUCACUCCUAAACCGUUUGGAGAUCGCGACAUUGAUGUGCAGAUCGAAUGCUGCGGUGUCUGCGGAUCCGAUGUGCAUACUAUCACUGGAGGCUGGGGUGAGUACGAGGGUCCCCUGUGUGUUGGCCACGAGGUUGUUGGCAAGGCGGUUGCCGUUGGAAAGAGUGUGAAUGACAUUCAGGUUGGCGACAGGGUGGGUGUUGGAGCUCAGGUAUGGGCUUGCUUGAAAUGCGACCAGUGCAAGAACGAGAAUGAGAACUAUUGCCCUCAUUUGGUUGACACUUACAACGCCACGUAUGAGGAUGGCAGCCAAGCACACGGCGGUUUCGCCAGCCAUAUCCGCGCUCAUGAGUAUUUCACAUUCAAGAUUCCUGACGCGAUAAAGUCAGAAGACGCCGCACCUCUCAUGUGUGCCGGGUUAACAACGUACUCGCCACUUGUUCGUGGCGGUGUAGGCCCUGGCAAGAAGGUCGCUGUUGUCGGCAUCGGCGGCCUCGGUCACCUCGGCGUCCAAUGGGCUAAGGCUCUAGGCGCAGAGGUCUAUGCCAUCACUCACUCUCCCGACAAGGCUGAAGACUGUAAGAAACUCGGCGCCAAGGAGGUUAUCAACUCCAAUGAGAAGGACUGGGCGAAGCCAUAUGCCUUCAAAUUCGACUUCAUCCUCAACUGCUCCGAUAUGACCAAUGAGUUCGACCUUCAGACCUACUUAUCAACGCUCACGGUUGGCGGCCAUUUCCACAUGGUCGGUCUACCUGACAAGCCUCUGCCUCAAUUUCCUGCGGCGCUGUUCACGACCAACUCGGCAAAAAUGACUGGUAGCCACAUUGGAAACAAUCAGGAGAUGAAUGCUCUACUGAAAUUAGCGGCGGAGAAGGGCAUCGCUCCGUGGGUCGAAACAAUUGACAUGUCUGAGGAGGGAUGUAAAGAGGCCGUUGAGCGGGUGAAAGAGAACAAAGUUCACUACCGGUUCACCUUGGUCGGACACCAGAAGGCUUUUGGAACGGCCUAA